AUGUCGAAAAAAUCUGCUCCAAGCACUCCAACCAGAUCAUCCAAGAGAGACCAUAAAAAGGUGUCCAUAUUUCAAGUUGAGACCGGUACACCAAAGUCUCAUGGCCUUGUGAAGACGCCGAUGAGAAGAGCGGCUAAUUUCAAAAAAGUUGUUGGGCAUAGAGUCCACGACGAGCAUUAUGUCGAAUACGAGGUCGAGCUCAAUGAUGGAUCUAAAAUGCGAGCGACUGAUUAUGACUUCAAGAAGAAUCCAGGAAUACUAGCCGAGUAUAAGACAAAUGUUACACAGCAAACGGAUAACAGCGACGGGGAGUAUAUCGUUGAAAAAGUUCUAGCUCAUCGCGUAGUCAAUGGAAAACCGCUGUAUUUGGUUCAAUGGAGAGGAUAUCCUAAUCCGGUGUGGAAUUCUGAAUUGUGGGAGUCGGAUCUUAAUAACUGCAAAAAUCUCUUGGCUGCUUAUAACAGCCAAUCGAAGGAACCUGUUGUAUCGGGACAGUCUAUGCGGACUCCAACAAAACCGGCUUCAAAAUCAACUAAGAAGCGGAGCCAUUCGCCAUCUGACGAUGAGGAAGAACACGUUGAGCGCACCUAA